GGAGGGACAGAGGGGGGAGGGCCCGGGAGCCGCGCGUGCAGCUCUACCCGAGCCCGAGCCCGAGCCCGAGCCCGGGAGCGCCGAGCCCGGCUGGGGUAGUGACAUCAUGGGAUGUUACCAUUAUACCCAUUUUACAGAUGAGGAAACUGAGGUUCAGAAAAGUUGUGAUUUGCCCAAGGUUAUAUGCCUCAAGUGAAGAACAGAAGCUGGAAUUCUAAGCCAGGACCCCUCCGAUCCAUGGAGCAGGUGUCCAGCAUGGCUGAGCCCCGGGGCCCUGUAGACCAUGGAGUCCAGAUUCGCUUCAUCACAGAGCCAGUGGAUGAUGCAGAGAUGGGCACCCUCCGUCGUGGUGGGCGACGCCCAGCUAAGGAUGCAAGAGCCAAUACCUAUGGGGUCGCCGUGCGCGUGCAGGGCAUCGCUGGGCAGCCCUUUGUGGUGCUCAACAGUGGGGAGAAAGGUGGUGACUCCUUUGGGGUCCAGAUCAAGGGGGCCAACAGCCGAGGGCCCCCGGGAGCUCUGAGCUCUGACUCGGAACUCACCGAGAGCCCCUACUCGCAGGCCAAGGAGUUUCUUGCCCCCUCGCGGGGCAGCACAUCUGAUGAGGAGCCCGGGGCCCACUGGAAUGGAAAGCUGCUCCGCUCCCAGUCCCAGGCCUCGCUGGCAGGCCCUGCCGCUAUGGGUCCGAGCAACAGGAGCGCCAGCCUGCUGGAGCUUGCCCCCCAGGGAGCUUCCCCUGGGAGCACCAUUGACACUGCCCCCCUGUCUUCAGUGGACUCACUCAUCAACAAGUUUGACAGCCACCAUGGGGGCCAGAUCCGGGGCCGGACUGGCCGCCGCAUGCGGACGUUGCCCCCUGAACAACGCAAGCGGAGCCAGAGCCUGGACAACCGGCUCCCACCGGACACCCUUGAGGAACGGGAGCGCCGGUCCCCCGACCACUGGACCCCUAGCACAAAGCGUGACCAUCACAUGGGCAGCUCGAAACAGUCAGCCCAGAACCUUCUUGGUGGCUUUAGCCGCUCUCGUCAAACGCAGGACUGGGUCCUUCAGAGUUUUGAGGAGCCACGGGGGAGAGCCCAGGACCCUGGGAUGCUACAGUUCAAAUCUACUCCAGACCUUCUCCGAGACCAGCAGGAGGCAGCCCCACCAGGCAGUGUGGACCACGUGAAGGCCACCAUCUAUGGCAUCCUGAGAGAAGGAAGCUCAGAAAGUGAAACUUCUGUGAGGAGGAAGGUCAGUUUGGUGCUGGAGCAGAUGCAGCCUCUGAUGGUGGCUUCUCCUGGUUCUACCAAGGCCUUGGCCGGGCAGAGCGAACUCACCCAAAAAGUGGAGGAGCUACAGAAAAAGCUGGAUGAAGAGGUGAAGAAGCGUCAGAAGCUAGAGCCGUCCCGGGUUGGGCUGGAGCGGCAGCUGGAGGAGAAGGCAGAAGAGUGCAGCCGACUGCAGGAGCUGCUGGAGAGGAGAAAGGGGGAGGCCCAGCAGAGCACCAAGGAGCUCCAGAACAUGAAGCUCCUCCUGGACCAGAGUGAAAGUGUUCGACAUGGGCUAGAGACCCAGGUGAUGGAGCUGCAGGACAAGCUGAAACGGGGCCAAGGUCCUGAGCCUGCUAAGGAGAUGCUGAUGAAGGACCUGUUAGAGACCCGGGAGCUUCUGGAAGAGGUCGUAGAGGGGAAACAGCGGAUAGAAGAGCAGCUGAGGCUGCGGGAGCGGGAGCUGACAGCUCUAAAGGGUGCCCUGAAGGAGGAGGUGGCCUCCCGUGACCAGGAGGUGGAGCAAGUCCGGCAGCAGUACCAGCGGGACGCAGAGCAGCUUCGCCGGAGCAUGCAGGAUGCAACGCAGGACCAUGCAGCAUUAGAGGCUGAGAGGCAGAAGAUGUCAGCCCUGGUUCGGGGGCUGCAGAGGGAGCUGGAGGAGACCUCAGAGGAGACGGGGCAUUGGCAGAACAUGUUUCAGAAGAACAAGGAGGAGCUUAGAGCCACCAAGCAGGAACUCCUGCAGCUGCGGAUGGAGAAGGAGGAGAUGGAAGAGGAACUUGGGGAGAAGAUAGAGGUCUUGCAGAGGGAAUUAGGGCAGGCCCGAGCUGGUGCUGGAGAUACUCGCCAGGUGGAAGAGCUCAAGAAGGAGCUGCGCCAGACACAGGAGGAACUUAAAGACCUGCAGGCAGAGCAGCAGAGCCAGGAGGUGGCUGGGAAACACCGGGAGCGGGAGUUGGAGAAGCAGCUGAAAGUUGAGGCUGAACGAGGCCGGGGACUGGAACAGCAGAACCUCCAGCUACAAAAGACCCUCCAACAACUGAGACAAGACUGUGAAGAGGCUUCCAAGGCUCAGAUGGCAGCAGAGGCAGAGGCAGCAGUGCUGGGGCAGCGUCGGACGGCAGUGGAAACAACACUUCGGGAGACCCAGGAGGAGAACGACGAAUUCCGACGGCGAAUCCUGGGUCUGGAGCAGCAGCUGAAGGAGGCGCGAGGCUUGGCGGAAGGCGGGGAAGUGGCGGAGGCACGGCUUCGGGACAAGGUGCAGCGGCUGGAGGCAGAGAAGCAGCGGCUAGAGGAGGCCCUGAACACAGCUCAGGAGGAGGAGGGGAGCCUGGCAGCAGCCAAGCGGGCCCUGGAGGCACGGCUGGAGGAGGCCCAGCGGGGGCUGGCCCGCCUGGGGCAGGAGCAGCAGGCGCUGAACAGGGCCCUAGAGGAGGAGGGGAAGCAGCGGGAGGCCCUCCGGCGCAGCAAAGCCGAGCUGGAGGAGCAGAAGCGCUUGCUGGACCGGACUGUGGACCGGCUGAACAAGGAGCUGGAGCAGAUUGGGGAUGACUCCAAGCAAGCCCUGCAGGAGCUCCAGUCCCAGCUGGAGGAUUACAAGGAAAAGGCACGGCGGGAGGUAGCAGAUGCCCAGCGCCAGGCCAAGGAGUGGGCCAGUGAGGCUGAGAAGACCUCUGGGGGGCUGAGCCGGCUUCAGGAUGAGACUCAGAGGCUGCGGCAGGCCCUGCAGGCAUCCCAGGCUGAUCGGGACACAGCCCGGCUGGACAAAGAGCUGCUGGCCCAGCGGCUGCAGGGGCUCGAGCAAGAGGCAGAGAACAAAAAACGCUCCCAAGACGAUAAGAGCCGACAACUCAAGAGCCUUGAGUUGGCUGGAGCUGAGCAGUGGCUUCUCCCCUUCAGAGUCAACACUGGCUUUCAGUUUGCUAUAUUUGGCAGAAAAGUCUCCCGGCUGGAGGCAGAGUUAGAUGAGGAAAGGAGCACCGUGGAGCUGCUGACGGACCGGAUGAAUCGCGGCCGGGACCAGGUGGACCAGCUGAGGACAGAGCUCAUGCAGGAGAGGUCUGCUCGGCAGGAUCUGGAGUGUGACAAAAUCUCCUUGGAGAGACAGAACAGGGACUUGAAGAGCCGGUUGGCCAGCUCAGAAGGCUUCCAAAAGCCCAGCGCCAGCCUUUCUCAGCUCGAGUCCCAGAAUCGGGAGUUGCAGGAGCGGCUCCAGGCUGAAGAGAGGGAGAAGACAGUUCUGCAGUCCACCAACCGAAAAUUGGAGCGGAGAGUUAAAGAACUGUCCAUCCAGAUUGAUGAUGAGCGGCAACACGUCAAUGACCAGAAAGACCAGCUAAGCCUGAGGGUGAAGGCUUUGACGCAGGUGGAUGAAGCGGAAGAGGAAAUUGAGCGCCUGGAUGGCCUGAGGAAGAAGGCCCAGCGUGAGCUGGAGGAACAACAUGAGGUCAAUGAACAGCUCCAGGCCCGGAUCAAAGCCCUGGAGAAGGACUCCUGGCGCAAAGCGUCCCGCUCAGCUGCUGAGUCUCUCCAGCACGAAGGGCUGAGCUCAGAUGAGGAAUUUGACAGCGUCUACGAUCCUUCCUCCAUCGCAUCACUGCUUACAGAGAGCAACCUGCAGACCAGUUCGUGUUAGCUCGUGGUCCACAAGGCCCAGAAACCACACUUGAGGCCUGUCCUGGCCAGUCCAGCUCUGCUCUGCUCUGCCCUGCCCAGCCUCAGAUCCCCGUUGCUGUGGGGGGACCCAAUUAUUCAGACCUAUGACAGGGAGGGGUCUGGGUGAUGGUGAUAAAAAGGCAUCAGUGUUGAGCUGGUGGAUGGGCUUUCCCUUUCCUCUGGAGGAGUGGGGCAUUUUAGCCAGCUGAACCCUCUCCUCAAGUGCUGACUCCCCCCCACCCCCGACUCCCUCACAAGCGGCAAGCUCGGUCAGCAUAUAGGCUGAUUGAGCAGGAGAGGAAGGGAUAGAAAUUGCCAUGUGUAUAAAGCUUUAUUUCUUUAACCCUACACACCCCAGGCUCAGGGAAAUACCCUAUAUGAUUCUGCUCUCUUGGACUCCUGUAACUCAUUUUCCUCCCAUUCUGGAGCAGGGUAAGAACAUAAUGGGUAAUGGACAUGCUGGCGUGGCUCUACCCACUUCUCAGAUGCUCUUCUUUGCACAGUCCAUGGGCCCAUGUGAGUCCCCACCUGUCUCCAGUCCUAUAUUUUUUGUCUUCCCCAGGCCAAGAUCCAAGGGACCCUUUCUCCUUCCCUUCCGUCUUUACCAUUUCCUCCUUCUUUUCAGUGCCUUAGCCGGGGUGAGGAGAUAAGGAUGCCCUUCUUGCCUUUUAUAUACCUGCACAUUCAUACCUCUCCAAGAACCCCUCCUGCUGCCCCAGUGACUGAUGGACAGAGCUAACCAGCUUCUCUACUUUAGGAACCCCUGCGAGAGGGACUUUGGUAGGGCCAUGAUAGGUGAUGAGGCCUGGUUCUGGCUCAGGGUUUCCAUCCUUCCUCUUCUCCCUCUCUGACUGGAUGUGCUUGUAAGAUGGUCACACCUGGGAGCCCUAACAACUGUCUACACAAGUUUGAAAGCAAAGGUUUUGGUCUCUGUGGCCUUGUGAUCAGAUGUGCCCAACCUCACUAGGGAACUGAGGGACCCUCAAUAUCUCAGGAGCUUGGUCCUCAUACAGAGGGGCUAGAGGCUGACUCUUGGUAGAAAUGGGAAGAGGCAAUGGAGGAUUUAUUCCUCCUCUGGGAUUUGGGGAGAGCCAAGUUCUGGUGGGGAGGAGGUAAGGGAGAUGAUUCAUCUCUCUUAUUUCCUAAGCAGGCUCUGUACAGAGCCUUGAGGAGGGAGAAGUCUGUUUCAUCAACCAAUGACUUGUGAUUUUGUGAUUAAAAAAAGUUCCUCUAUUCCACAAAUCAUAUUAUAUCUCCCAAUCCAAUCCAAUCCAGCAUUGAAUUUAUUUUAAAUUAACAUAAAAUUAUAUAUCUAUUCUGAAA